AUGGCCUUGGAGUUAACAAAUCUGCGGCAGCUGCCUGGUCUGUCACAUCGGCCGAAUUUUCCCCGGGACUUGCACGUGCUGCUUUUGGAACCCGACUUUAAGGCCCGGCAGGAAGCGGAAACGCAGCUUCGUGAGAACCAUUAUUCCGUAACAUCUUGCGGAUGCAGCAUGGAGGCAGCAGCUUUCCUGGCGAAUCAGGAAAACAGCUGCGACGUACUCCUUGCCGACGCCCGUUGUCUUCAGCAGAAAUCAGCAGAGCACGCUGCUGUCAUGCAAGCUGCAAAAUCGAUUCCGCUUGUCCUGAUGUCCGAAUGCAGCGCACCAAAUGAAGUUAUGCUGGGCAUAAAGUUGGGCGCAGUUGACUUUCUGGAAAAGCCCCUGUCACCGCUCAAGCUGAAGAACAUCUGGCAACAUUCGGUGCAAAACGCUCUGCAAGGCGGCAGCGCCUCUGCUGGCGUCGCUGGCCCCGACGCGAUGCAGCUCGAUGCUGGGUUACCGGGCUGCGGAAAACCUCGUCCGCAGCCCCUCAAGUACAAGGCCAAUCGCGGGUCGACACACGGGGCCGGGACUGGGAGCAGCAGUGGGCCCAAGCCCAGUAUUGGUUACCCUGCAGGGCAUUUGCCGCCGUUGCCAGCUGGAGUGCCAGGCAUUGAAUGGGGACUGCCCACAAAUCCGUUGCAGUUCUCUCCUAAGGCGCCCAUGGGCGGCCUGCUGGGCCCAAUGGGCUGGCCAGGCAGCCCGCUCAUUGCGCCACCGCUGUUCCCACUCCUGAUGGGCUCCCCCUCGCCCACUCUCUCGACGGGGGGCUGCUGCAGCCCAAUGCCACUGAGCAGCAGCUGCCUGGCCCUGUCAUGUGGGACUAAUGCCUCCCUAUCGAUGAAGCGGGCCGAUAGUGCCCCCCUGCCGGCGGUCUCUUCUAUCUCCACUGCCAGUGCUGCCACGACGUUGGCGGUAGAGGGCUUCCUGCAGCCGCCGCCGCCGCCGAGGGUGACCCCCGGCACGUUGAUCAGUAAGGUGGACUUGCUUUGUGGGUUGGAGGCAGGAAAGGUACUGCCGCCACCCAUUGGUCUAAACCUAAAGAAGAGCCCAAGUCUGGCGGAUUUCAUUUCACAGAGCCUUUGCGAUGGAUCGGCUGCUUGCUGA